UGUUGAAACGCAAAAACAGUGCUGUGGCUGUGCUUGGAAUGAUUUUUGUUGGCGAAAUAGAGCACAAACAGCCAAUAUGGUGUCUAAAACUUUGUGUAUGUGUGCGUAUGUGCGUGCACGCCUGCGCAUGUGUGUGAGAGAGUAUUAGUGUGUGUGUGUGUGUGUGUGUGUGUGUGCGUGCGUGCUGUUGGUGGAAGGGGGAGCAGGAGCGCACAGAGUCCCGUCGGUCCCGCGGUGGAGUUGUAGAGGAUGGAGGUCAGACCUGAACGCUUUAAAGCAGCAGCGGCGAAAACACUUGGACGGAUAAACCGGGUCCUAGAGAAGCGUCAGGAGAAUGGAGAGACGAUCGAGUUGUCGGCAGAAGGUCGUCCAGAGCUGCAGGAGGAGAAGGAGCUUCCCGUGGUGGACUGCACGUGUUUCGGUCUGCCGCGCCGCUACAUCAUCGCCAUGUUAUCAGGCCUGGGGUUCUGCAUCUCGUUCGGCAUCCGCUGUAAUCUGGGCGUCGCCGUCGUUAGCAUGGUGAACAACCACACCGUCUAUAGAGAAGGCAAGCCGUACGUUGUGAAAGCUCAGUUCAGUUGGGACCCAGAGACAGUAGGAAUGAUUCACGGCUCGUUUUUUUGGGGAUAUAUAGUCACUCAGAUUCCUGGAGGUUUCAUCUGUCAGAAAUUCGCGGCUAACAGGGUUUUUGGCUUUGCAAUCGUGGCCACGUCUUUUCUGAAUAUGAUGAUUCCCACAGCAGCACGAAUGCACUUCGGCUGUGUGAUUAUAGUCAGGAUACUACAGGGGCUGGUGGAGGGCGUAUCUUACCCAGCAUGCCACGGGAUCUGGGCGAAAUGGGCCCCACCCCUAGAGAGAAGCCGAUUGGCCACAACAGCGUUCUGUGGCUCAUACGCCGGAGCUGUGAUAGCCAUGCCGUUAGCAGGAGUUCUGGUUCAGUACUCAGGCUGGUCCUCAGUCUUCUAUGUAUAUGGUAGUUUCGGGAUCUGCUGGUAUAUGUUCUGGAUUCUGGUGUCGUAUGAGAGUCCAGCAGCUCAUCCCACCAUCACUCCGGAGGAGAGGAAGUACAUCGAAGACGCCAUCGGAGAAUCGGCUGGACUGAUGAACCCGGUGACGAAAUUCAACACUCCCUGGCGGCAGUUCUUCACAUCCAUGCCCGUCUACGCCAUCAUCGUGGCCAAUUUCUGCAGGAGUUGGACCUUUUACCUGCUGCUCAUCAGUCAGCCGGCGUAUUUCGAGGAGGUGUUUAAGUUUGAGAUCAGCAAGGUGGGAAUCCUCUCUGCUCUUCCUCAUCUGGUGAUGACCAUCGUGGUGCCGAUCGGAGGACAGCUGGCCGACUACCUGAGGACUCACAACAUCAUGACCACCACCAACGUCAGGAAACUCAUGAACUGUGGAGGUUUCGGGUUGGAGGCCACGUUUCUUCUGGUUGUGGGUUUCUCUCACACUAAAGGCAUUGCCAUCUCGUUUCUGGUCCUUGCUGUUGGAUUCAGUGGUUUCGCCAUCUCAGGGUUCAAUGUCAAUCAUCUGGACAUCGCUCCACGCUACGCCAGCAUUCUGAUGGGCAUCUCUAACGGUGUCGGGACGCUCUCUGGCAUGGUGUGUCCUCUGAUCGUCGGUGCCAUGACCAAAAACAAGACGCGGGAGGAGUGGCAGUAUGUGUUUCUCAUUGCAUCACUUGUUCAUUAUGGUGGAGUUAUCUUCUACGGCCUCUUUGCGUCGGGAGAAAAGCAGCCGUGGGCGGAGCCAGAGAACAUGAGCGAGGAUAAAUGCGGGAUACUAGGAGAAGACGAGCUGGCGGAUGAAACGGAAGAGCUGUACCGCUCAGCGGGCGGCGGCUACGGAGCAACCAUCCAAUCAGGUGACCCCAAUGGGGCGGGAACUGGAGGGGGCGGAGCUGGAGGAAGCUGGGCCUCAGACUGGGACAAAACAGAAGAAUAUGUCCAACCUGUGGGAACGAACAGCUUCCUGUACGGAGGAGAGGGGAAUGAGAAAAUGAUUGUGAGGCUCAGAGAUCAACAGUAAAGCUGGAAGGGAACGGGAGGGAGGAAAACAAGGACUGAAUAUCCCUCCCCUACAGAAACUGAUUGGGACGGAGGAAGUGCUUUUGACCCAAACUAGAAAAAUAACAUAAUUAACAUCAAAUCUUGAGUGUGUAUGUGUCCGAUUUGUGUGCAUGUGGACAUAGGGUAAUGUGACCAGUCAAAUGUUUGGACAUUCAAAACAUAAUUUUAGUCCUUGUGUCCAAACGUUUGAGUCCCUGGUCGUGUAUUUUAGCAAUUAAACUGAUCAUCAAGUGUUCAGAGUAGCCUAUUACUGUUAUGAAAUAUUACUGCAAUUCUGCCUAAAUUGUGACAAAAUUGUAAAUGGUGGUUCUUACAAAUCAAAUCCUCUUUUGUAGAACAACUAAAGUAUAAUUCCAAUUAAAAAUUGAAAAUAAACCAGAUUUAGGGAAUUGAUCUCAUGUGCCAAUACUGUGAGGUGUGUGUAGUAUUGGUCCCUUUUCAACAAGAAUCUCAUAGAUAAAUACACAUUUAAUAAAGACUAGCGGUGUCAAUUAUUUGGUUGAGCUUAUAGAAGCAUUGACAUACUUAGGUUUUGGUAGUGAAUUUUCUUUAACCAUUCAUUUUUUUGAUCUUUUAUUAAUAUUUUGUAUGCAUUUAAUCCAUAACCACAUAGUAAAGUUGUAUUAAUUUGUACUGAAGCUUAAACAUUUCUUUCAUUUCUAAUUUAUUUAAUUAAAACAUCAUGUUCAGCCUUUAUUUUAUUUAAUUUUUUGUUCCAAGUCCGACGAAAACGAUGCCAAGCGCUGACCAACGGGAUGUUGAAAGAUCACUCAGAAACGCUUGUUUCCAUUUCACCAUUUAGCUGUUUAAUCUCACAUAUAGAUGAAAACAGAACCAUUAAAUGGUAUUUGAGAAGAUGAGAUGAUUUAAAAAAAUAAAUAAAAUAGAACACAGUUUAACUCAAAUGAAAUGUUGUUCAGCACUUUCUCCCCAGCAUGGCACGUGACAUUUUCAAUAUUCUCUCAUGUACUCGCACAUCAGCAGAUUAAAGAUGUAGUUCACACAAAAAUGAAAGCUUUGUCAUCAUUUGCUCACCCUCACAAACCUUUAUGACUCUAUUUAUUCUGUGUAAGAAUCUGUGGCACUUCGCAUAAAGGUGAAUCUCGUGACAAAAUGUCAUU